AUGCAGAGCAGUCUCCACUCAGAAGAAGGCCUGGGUGUUGCUUCUCUGAGUGUUCUCUAUGCUGCGCUCAUCUUAUCGUCCAUGUUCCUCCCUCCAAUCCUCAUCAAGAAGCUGGGCUGCAAGUGGACCAUCGCAGGCUCUAUGUGCUGCUACAUUGCGUUCUCCUUAGGGAACUUCUACGCUAGCUGGUACACACUAAUCCCUACCUCUGUGAUCCUGGGCUUAGGAGGAGCACCACUCUGGUCUGCCAAAUGCACUUACCUCACCAUUGCUGGCAGUUCAUAUGCGCAGAAAGCGGGAAAAAAUGCAAAGGACAUUAUCAACCAAUACUUCGGGGUCUUCUUUCUGAUAUUUCAGUCCUCCGGCAUCUGGGGAAAUCUUAUCUCAUCCCUGAUAUUCAGCCAAGGUUCCAAAAAAGUGGAAAUCUCAGAAGAAAGCCUGGCAUGCUGCGGGGCGUAUGACUGCAUGACUGGUACGACUAACAGCACAGGGUCAGCACAACCCUCCAACUCCUUAAUAUACACUCUGCUAGGGAUCUACACUGCUAGUGGUGUGCUAGCUGUGUUGCUGAUUGUUAUAUUUCUGGACCAGAUCAAAUCUGACCAAGCAGAGACUGAGAAAGAAACACUAAAGACACCAACAUUUUGGUCUACGUUCCUAGCAACCUUCCAGCACCUUAAAGAUAAAAGGCAGUGUCUUCUAAUCCCUCUGACAAUGUACAGUGGGUUUGAACAGGGAUUUCUUUCUGGUGACUACACAAAGACGUAUGUGAGCUGUGCCCUGGGGAUACAUUAUGUUGGUUACGUGAUGAUCUGCUUUUCAGCUGUAAAUUCCCUCUGCUCUCUGCUCUUCGGAAAGAUCUCUCAGUUCACGGGUAGAAAAUUUCUAUUUGCAUUAGCCACGGUUACGAACACCACCUGUAUAAUAGCACUAUUGCUGUGGAAACCUCAGCCUAAGCAGCUUGCCGUGUUUUUUGUAUUCCCUGCUCUUUGGGGCCUAUCUGAUGCCAUUUGGCAGACACAAACUAAUGGACUCUAUGGCAUUUUAUUCGAGAAACACAAAGAAGCUGCCUUUGCCAAUUAUCGUCUCUGGGAAUCACUUGGAUUUGUCAUUGCCUUUGGUUAUAGCACCAAAUUGCAAGUCUACAUCAAACUGUACAUUUUAUUGUCUGUGCUUGUGUUGUCUAUGGUGACGUAUGGAGCGGUUGAAUACAUUGAAGCUAAGAGCUCUCCUGGGACACCUACUACUACAAAGAAGGAAAAUGUAGCACCCCUUGCCCAGGAAACACACAUGUAA